AUGCGGGUGGAGCUGCGCGGGGCGGGCGGCGGGCGGCUGGGCGCGCUGGCGGGCCUGGGCCGGGGCGGCGCGGCGCUGGCGCUGCCGGGCUGCCUGCUCUACACGCGCACUGGCUCGGCGCCCCACCUCACCCGCGACACGCUGCGGGCCGUGCGCGGCGUGCCCGCCGUGGCGCAGCUCACCCUGCCCGCGCUGGCAGAACUUCACGAGGUCCUGGAAGAAUAUAAAGAAGGAGCUGCAAAAUUUAUAGGUAUGCCGGACACAGUGCUGUACUGCUCCCUCCAAGAUCCAGUUACUCCCUGUCCCUCUGGCUACAACACUAACAAGACAGUGUCCCUGUGGGGGAAUUCAGGGCGCAUGGAAGUGACAGCUUCUAAAUUCAUGGAUAUACAACGUGCCAUCAAGCCAGACUGGUUUCAGUGCAUCUCUGAUGGAGACACCAUUUCUGGGGAAGUUGGUAGGAAAAGGGCCAAGAAGUCUGUGGAUAGGUCUCUUUCCUUCCUGGAUAUAUGCCUUCAGUUGCUGGAGAAAUCACCGGAACUACAAGGAAGUGUAAUGAUUGGGGCAAUUGAAGGUGGAGAUAUCUUGGAAGAGAGGCUCAGAUCAGCCAGGGAGACUGCCAAGCGACCUGUGGGUGGCUUUCUGCUAGAUGGCUUCCAGGGACGUGCCAUGGCCAAGGAGACCAAGUUGAAGCUGAUAGCUUCUGUCACAGCAGAGCUGCCAGAGGAUAAACCAAGAAUCAUCCAUGGUAUAGGCAAACCGGAUGAGGUGCUCGAGUGCAUUGAAAGAGGAGUGGACAUUUUUGAGAGCUUCUUUCCCUUCCAGGUGACAGAGCGAGGCUGUGCCUUAUCUUUCAGCUAUGACUACCAUCCCAAUCCUGAAGCAGCAGUUUUAAAACAGAAUGGGGUCCAAGACCCAGAGAAAAACAAUGCUGAAAAAGACCAGGAUGAAAUCUCCAGAGCUGACUCAGAAAUGACACCAUUUGAGAUAUUUCUGAAGGACAAAAGAUACCAGGAUGAUUUUGGUCCCUUGCUGGAAGGAUGCACCUGUUACUGUUGUCAGAGGCAUACUCGAGCCUAUGUCCAUCAUCUCCUUGUGACCAAUGAGCUGUUAGCUGGCGUCCUGCUCAUGAUGCACAACUUUCAGCACUACUUCAGCUUUUUCAGUGCCAUUCGAGAUGCCCUACGAGACAAUAAACUGGAUCAACUGAAAAAGCUGAUCUUCGGGCAGGCACUCCAAGGCCCAGCAAAUGCAAAACCAGGCCAGUGAUUCAGAGAAGAUGGUGAGAAGGAGAACCUGCCACGGGGGGAAGGUUGCAGGUUUCAUCCUUAUGCAGUGAGACUGUAAACUGCGUUGCCAGCAGGGUCACCUGGGACUGCUAGACAGUUAAAGACCUCCCUCCCUGGAGGGAAAGGAGAUCUUAUUCAAGCGUCCCUUUCAGUUAAUUGGCUUGAUGCAUUCUGGGGAUAUGGAGGAGCUGAACAGCUCACAAGACCAGUAUAGAUAGUUUUAUUUUCAGUUCCUCACUGGUGGGUUUUGGGGUGGAAGAAUAGAAUUACUAAACGUGGGAUUGAGGAAGAAGCAGGGCAUAUAUUUAAAAUGAAUCCAGCUGCCUGAUGGGAAGCUCAGCAGCUGUUUGGUAUUCUCAUUCCAGAUUCAAAGGGUAUUACGGGUUAUUUUUUUGUAGAAAAUUGGGGUGACAUGGCUCUCUACAUCAUGCAACUCCUUGAUGAGAGAUCCUGCCUCGGUCUAACACAUUUCUGCUUAUGGCCAUUGCCAGCAUCAGUGUCCCUGAAGAGAACUGAAUUGAAGUGCUGUUUUAUUCAGAUGCAUGUAGGACUGCAUGCGCGUUUCUCUCUCAACACUGCCUGCAGUGUGGAGUGUUCUCUGGGACAGGUGUAAGCCCUCCAUCUCAGCCUGGCCUUGCCUUACAGAGGCCUAGUCUGCAGCAUUAGAGCUGGAAAGAAGAGAAAAUGCUUGAUCCAUGUCCUGCUGUAGAGGGUAUUUGUUUUUGUUGUUUUCUGACUCUGUACCUUUCCACCUUUAUGGACUAAGAUUUCAAUCCCACACUAGUGUGUGAUUGAUAACUAAUAUACUGUUCUUUCCAACUGCUCUAGCACUGGUUUGUCAUAGCAGACCAUGCAAAUGUUCGUGUGAGAUAGAGCUGUGGAAAUCAUAGGAAAAGGCAUUUAGAAGAAAAUUCUUGUGCCUCCUUAUUUUAAAAUAUUGCUCAGUUAUGUCACAUUCCUUUUAUCCAGUUGUUUUAUGUCUCUUUCAUUAGAAUCAUGAAUUUAUUUGUCUUAUGUUACAAAGCAAUAAUAAAAUUUUUUUAUUCGUUAAA